AUGACCAGGGGAGAGGAGCGGUGUAAUCUGCCCCAUUCCUCCUUCCUUUCCCGCUUUUUGGACCAUUCGUGUCGUCGUGCUUUACUCCCUUCCCGCACAGAGCUCGCAUGUGCGGGAUCACGUCACCUCAUCGCGGCGCUGCUGACCACGGCGCUCGUCCUCUGGCUGCGCCGACGAGCCGAACAACAGAGACUCGUCUCGGCCGCCCGUCUUCCCACCCUUCCGUCCCGCUCCUCCUCUUCCCCCUCCUCUUCCAUCCCCUCUCUCGAUAUCGCAACUGCAGCAGCAGCAUCAGCAGCAGGACAAGUAGACGGAACUGUCUCAGCAAUAGUACCUACCCAACGUACAACCAAUGGAGCCUUGUUAUCAAUGGAUCAUGGCCCUUACGCCACUGCAGUAGCCAACGCUGCUGCUGCUGCUACAGCUACAGCUGAUCGGUCAUCUUAUACCGCGGAUCAUGGUGGCCUUGGCGGUCUACUGGCUGCUGAAACCGGUCCUGGUUACAACGGAUACGCCGCGCUGAACGGGGCUGCUUCCAACAGGAAUGCUCUUAACGGGUAUGCUUCUAACGGGGCUGCUUCCAAUGGGCAUGCUCUUAACGGGUAUGCUAUUAACGGGGCUGCUUCCAACGGUCAUGCUCUUAACGGGCGCGCGGUUAACGGGCACGCUCUAAACGGCAUCGACAAGCUUCAACCGACGCUCCCGGCGCCGUUCUCCCGGGUGGAAAUCGCGGUGUUUACUCUGGACUACGAGCCGUUUGCUGUAAGAGCCGUGCAGCAGCGGCCGAGCAGGAAGGCGGACGACUUGCAGUACCAUGUGGGGGUGCGGUAUACCGGGGACGCGCAUUGUAUGAUAAGGCUGCAUUUGGAGGUGGGGGGUUUGAAGUGGUCCGUGCCGGUGGACGUGCAUGACUUGGACGUGGAUGCUGAGGUGUGGGUGAAGCUACGGCUGACGCCCAAAAAGCCGUUUGUUGCAAGCCUGUCACUCGCGUUCGUGCGCCUCCCAACUAUCAAGCUUGUGCUCGCGCCCUUCCAUGAGGACGUGCAUGACUUGGACGUGGAUGCGGAGGUGUGGGUGAAGCUACGCCUGACGCCGAAAAAGCCGUUUGUCGCCAGCCUGUCUCUCGCGUUUGUGCGCCUUCCAACUAUCAAGCUGGUGCUCGCACCGUUCCACGUGCUCAAUGUUGUCGGCAUCCCAUUCCUCUCUAAGCUUUUAACGGAGGACCUCCCGCGGCUUCUCGUGCUGCCGCGCCACAUCAGCCUGGACUUCCUGCCACCUGGCAUGGACGCUGACGAGGACACGGACGCGGGGACUGACGUGGGCGCUGACGUGGCUGCUGACGUGGCUGCUGGCAUGCGUGCUGACGUGGCUGGUGACGUGGCGCAGUGGCGCACGGAAGCGGCAGCGUCUGCUGUGGUUGGGAGUAUUCUCAACUCACCAGCAGUCAUGAACUGGGGGGGAGCCAGCAGGAACGACAGCGGCAGCAAUGGCAGCAGCAGCACCACCAGUGCCAGCAGCAGCAGCAGUGGUUUAUUGAAUGGUUAUGGCGGUGGUGGCAGCAGCACAAGCACCACCACCACAGGAUUCAGCACCACACCUGCCAACGUGGCCACCUCCUCUUCCCCCUCGUCCUCCUCCCACUCCUCUCCCUCCCCUUCCUCCGGCCGCUCCGCCUCCCCCUCCGCCUCCCCCUCCGCCUCCCCUUCCCCCUCCGCCUCCCCCUUCCCCUCGUCCGCCAUCCACGCGCCUCUCCAGGGGGACACCUCAGACGCCUUCAAGGGCGAGCUCUCAGUCACGCUCUGUGAGGCCCGCAACCUCCCCACCUCGCCGCUCUCCCUCCUCUCCCUCCCCACCUCCCCUCCCUCUUCCCACACCCCUCCUUCCUCCAGCCUUUCCUCUUCUCCCACCAAACCUCCUUCUUCUUCUUCUUCCCGUCCAAGAAACAACCCCUUGGCGAUUCUUACCCGGCCGCUGUCUCUCCUGAGUGACCCGUACUGCCGGCUGGUGUUUGGGGGGGCGGUGGUGGAGAGCAAGAGGAACAGGCAGACGUCGCAUGCGGCAAGCCCCGGGGACCCGGUGUGGAAUCAGGACUUCCUGUUCUGCGUGGAGAGCCCGAGAAGGCAGAAGCUGACCGUGGUGGUGCGGGACUCGGCGCUGUUUCAACGUGACUUGGGCUUCGUGCAGGUGGGUGAGUCAGUGCCAGCAGACUCUCUUAGGUCUAGUCUCACUCACUAG